UGAAUUUUCUCGUGUACCUGAAUCGGAUGCUAAUAAUUUUGCUGCUCUUUGGUAUUUGCCCCAUGACGCUGAAUAAGACGAAAAAUGAAGUUGUAAGCAAAUUCAUUAACCUGCUGUACAUAAGCAUCUACACUGUGGCUAUCACUGUGGCUCUUGGAUUUUUCGGUUACUACGCGUACUUUACGCACGGCAUCGAUCGAAUAAUUCAGGACACUGCUAGUAUUUCCGGAUAUUCACAAACAAUAUUCGUAGUGAUCAUCUUCUACGCAACGAUAAUUGUUGGGCUUUGUCACAAAAAAGCUCAAUCGAAAUACUUUAACCGGAUAAAUACAUUCGACGAAAAGCUAAUCAGUAAAUUGAACAUCAACAUUGAAAACGGUUCUGUUUUAUCGUACAUGGUCUAUCAGCACAUUUUCGUCAUUGUGGUUGAGUUAGGUUUUUAUGUUGUCGGUCAGUUAUUGGAAGGUUUCACUGUCUACACUUUUACGUUCCACGUUUUCAUGGGUAUUUUGGUGCUGACAAUAACCUUAGCUGCUCUGCACGUCCGUAACUGUGGUAUUAUACUGGCAAAUCGAUUUACAAUAUUGUACGACAAGUUGGACCGUAUUACCGAUUCGUCAUCCCUUUCCAAGUUACAGUGCGAAGAAGUGUUAAACGUUUUCGAUUUCGUUGAAGAUCUCUUCAUUCUGAAGCAAAAAUUUGGGAAAUCGUUCGGUUUCCAGCUGUUACUUAAUUCAGCGUUCGAUUUCAUUUAUUUGACGAUUGCAAUUUAUUAUGUUUUGAUGUCGUUGGUACUGAAAGGAUUCCAGUGGAACGAAGUAUACAAAUUUAUGGCCUUUUCGUUGACUCAUAUUGUGAAAAAUGUGAUGAUUGUUUUUGUAAUGGAGAAUUUAGCCGGUCAGGUAGACAAAAUACGUAAAAUUGCGACAAAGACCUCCUUGGCUACUAAUGCGGAGAUGUCAGCUUCGUUGGAUCUACUGUUCUUAAAGUUACAACACAUGGAAAAGACCAAGUACAUCACGGCAAAUGACUUUUUCCCUAUUAAUUAUGCUAUGCUUUACAAUAUGGGAGCGGCCAUCGUAACACACAUGAUGAUUUUGUUGCAAUUUCAGCAAUGGGAAGAUAGUCAAAAGCUUUUGUCUACAAGUGAAAACACUACUCCACUGGCACAAGCAACCAAAAACUAAAAGCAAACGAGUUGUAUGCAUACGCUUAAUCUCCCUAAAUAGAAGUUUGGACUUUUCGAAGUGAAAUUCCUAGGUGUUGUAGAUUAUUGUUUUUGGAGUAUGGCCGAUCUUGGAUUCUGACAUUUUUUUUUGUAUUUUCGGUUCUACGACACAUAGAGUUAUACUUUAGAGUUGGCAAGAUGGUGUUUUGUCGUUUUCUCAUCUACCCUUGUGGCCUUUAUGUGAAGAACUCUAUACCUGCGAUACUCAGUAACCCUGAGUCAUAUGUCAAACUGUCAAAAAGAAAGUUGUCCUGACUCAUCUUACGAAAAACAUUUUGUGUGCUAACUAAAAUGCU